AUGUCUGUAUCUUCAGAAGAGAGAACUCGCUAUGUCCCAAUCAUCGAUUCUAUACUUGCAGCAAGCGACCUGAACACUAUUUCUGAGAAGCGAAUUCGGAAGGGACUGCAAGCUGCGGUGGACCAUGACCUCAACCUCCAGAAGGAUGCUAUCAAAGCUCUCAUAAUGGAGCGCUUCGACAAGAAGAUGGCCGACGAAGCCCCUAAGACCAAUGGCCACGCCCAUGCCUCCUCCAGUGAAGAGCGUUCCUCAGCAUCCACCCCAAAGCACGUGGCUACCAGUCCUCCAAACCCGAAGAAACAUAAACAUGACGACGACGACGACGAGAUGUCAGAUGUAAUUGAUGAGCCAAAACCGAAGAAAAAGAGGAAGCCAAGCGAAGACACGGACGCAGCAUAUGCUGCCAAACUACAAGCGAUGGAAAAUGCGCGGUCACGGACUACGCGCGGGGGCGGAUCCAAGCCGUCAAAACCUGCCAAGAAGAAGAAGACUCCAAAGAAGAAGAGCGCGGGACGUGUGAAAGCUGAAGACGAUAGCGAUAUUGAUGGGUCAGGAUCGGACGUGAAAGAAAGGAAAGUCAAUCGAAACACAGGGUUUCACAAAGAGCUGCUACUCUCCGCACCCUUAUCAGCCCUGCUUAAUAAUGAGAUCAAGCUAUCACGACCACAGACCGUUAAGAAGAUAUGGGAAUACGUCCGGGCAAACGACCUUCAAGACCAGACUGACAAACGUAAUAUAAUCUGCGACGACGCAAUGCGUGCAGUCUUCAAAUCAGACAAAAUUCACAUGUUUACCAUGAAUAAAAUACUGGGACAGAACCUUUACCCACAAGACGAGUAA